AUGCUUACAUACAUAACCACUUUAGGCUUAAUCUUGUCUUAGACUGGUUUUGCAACCGCUACUCAACUUGGGGCUUAAUCUCAUGCUGAAUCUCUCAACAAACAGACUAUCAAUAUCCCAGCUAAUGCUCCUAAGUUUGUUAAUGAUGCACCAGUGAUCGGAGUGGUCUCAUAAUACUUGAACCAAGCGAUGAGGGAUGAUGAUAGAUAUAAUGACUACAGCACAUACAUGAGAAAAGCUUAUGUCAACUAUCUUUCAGCUUCAGGUGCUAGAGUAAUCCCAAUUCUGUUCAAUACUACCAGUGACGAUAGGGAACUAGCUAAAAUUGAUAAAGUUCAAGGUGUCUUCUUCUGUGGAGGAGCAGCAACAAGAACAGUGUAUGAAGAUUUCGGGAAAAAAGUUUUUGAAAAAGUCAAGACUCUCAAUGACAAAGGUAAAAUUGUUCCAAUUUGGGGAACUUGCCUUGGGUUCGAAAACCUUGCCAUGUUUGUCUCUGAUACUCCAGAUACUCUUCUUGAAAACUUUGACUCAAGAAAUGAUCUAUACAACUUAGAAUUCUAAGUUGACCCAACUUCGACUAAGAUGUUCGGAUCAAUGGGAAGUCAAGCUUAUAUAUAUGAGUAAAACCCUAUCUUAUUCAACUAUCACAUUUGGGGAAUUAGUCCAGCCACCUUCUAAAACGAUAAAAAGCUGAAUGAUUUCUACACUGUCACAUCAACUUCUGUUGACAAUGGUGGAAAGGUGUUUGCUAACACAAUUGAAGCAAAGAAUUAUCCAUUUUUCGGAACAUAAUUCCACCCAGAAGGUCCUCUAAACAAUAAUGUAGAUUACGCUAUUGACCGCUCUCUAUUUUCUAUUUAGAAUAAUAGAUACUUUGGAGAUUUCUUUGUCAACUAAUGCAGACUCAGUAACAACGAUAGAUUCACAUGGGAAGAAUAUGUUUAACUUGCAGUUGAGAAUUAUGACUUAAUAGUAUCAGCUGAUAGCAGCGUAACAGAUAUUGUAUUCAGAAGAGUCUGA